AUGAGUGCUGCCGAGAACUUCUGGGUUCCCGAUGUGUUCAGUGCUGCCACACUCCUCCGGCAGAACGAUGUCUACUACCUGUCAACAGGACGAACACCGGCUAUGCUGUACGUUGUCCGGCUCGAGGAGCUGCCGUACAAAUUCGCAGGUGGGCUCCCGAAGGAGGAGGCGGACGAGACAAGAAUCCCGGCCAACGACUCCAAGCAGGAUAGUUUCGAAGAUCCGCUGUGCGAGGGGGAGUCCACGAAAGCUUUGACGCUGAAGAUCGGAAGGAGCCUGGUUUCGAAGCUUCUGAUUUCGAUGGAAGAGGUGAAAAUUUUCGAUUACACUCUCCAUGUGGCCGGUCAGAUCCUCGAGACGAAGUGUGGCAACAACCUGCUGCUGAGGAGAGGAAGCCGAGAGUUUUCUUUGCUUGGAUGGCUGGUGGAGAAAGGUGGCAUCUUGAAAGCGCGAGUGAGCUCCUUGAUUGAUAUCUUGGACAGCAUGGGCAUCAAGAUGCUCAAAAAUGCUACGAAAGCUCAGCGAAUCAGAAAGAUCUUGACCUUGGAUGCUGUGAAGCAAGAGUGCUCGCAAGCCAGCAUCGACCGCAUUCUGAAAGCCUUGGAGCAGCAGGAGGAGAAAAGAAAAGCGAAGCAGGACGACAAGCAGCAGGCGGCGGACCCUGCCAAGGAUGAGGAAGAGAUCACCUGGGAGGAGCUCGAAGACGAUCCCGCAGCAAGGGCUUGCAGAGAGCUCUUGCAAGGGCAAGACGAGGAGGAGGAGGAAGAGGAGACAGUGGGAAAGGAGCCGGCUGGACAGGAGGCGCUUCCUGCUGCCGGUGGACAAGCUGAGGAGGCAUCAAGAGCAUCUCGGGCCAUGCUAUCGGCAACGACGGCAUUGCCACCAGACCUGCUACGCCUUAUGCCUUUGCCUCCGGGAACGUUCAUGAACAAAGUCGUCCACUCGAAUCGCACGCUGCCACACUUUCAAGGCAGGCUUCAGGCGGGACAAAUGGUGGAUGGCAAGACUCGUGUUUGCAUGCAGAUAAGCGGAUGGCAAACCUUUGUGACGAAAGCUGAUUGGUUUCCUUUUGCUGAGGAAGACCGCCGGACCGCAGCAGAGUCGGAGGCGUCCUCGCCUGGUGCAGGGCCGGCAAAGGCCUUUCCCUGCCCUGAUCUUGAUUUGGUUUCUGCUUCUGAGACUUGCCAGGCAGCCUCCCCCAGCGGGAGCGAUGCUGGUGCAGGGCCGCCCGCGGCAAAGACCGUGAGUGUCUGGUCGUGCAACAGGUUCGGCGACUUUUGGUGGCAUGCAGCAGGACGCUAG